AUGGCAAGUUUUGGUAUAAAACCCAAGGAUAACCUUAGCAAUCCCAAUUCAAAAAAGCAUCCUUACAUACAGCUAUCAGCACACUCUCACAUUUUCUCAGACGCCCAAAAACGUGAAAUCCAAAACCAUAUUUCUUCUGACCAGCAAUGUAAACGACCUCGACUCUCUGCUCCAAUCCUUACCACCGAUGUCGAGUAUAUGAGUAGAGGCACUGAAAAGUGUGAUCCAGAUACAUUGAAGUCAAAAUAUGUUCUUCCCAUAACAAGGUUGUUAAUUAACAACUCUCAAUCUAUGACCGGUAAUUUUCUUUUAGAUAUUUCCGAUGAUUACAUAUGGAAGUUUUGGAACAUUUCAUCCUGCGAUCUCAUUACAAAAAUCCCCUUUGAACCAUCAAAAUCUACAACUGUAUACUUUUUAGAAAAAGCAUCUUGUUUUAUUGCCAAAAAUGGAAAUGAAACUAUAAAAGUAUUUUUUGAUCCUUCAACAAAUGUAUCAUCAUUUGUCAGUAGUUUAAAAGAAAGGGGGAUCCGACAACCACAAAACUUUUCAUCAAGUGAAAAUGACUUAAUACGGAAACCAAAUAAUGUUAAUCGCCAAAUACAUAGCCAACUUUCUAGCCUAAAGAAGAAUAAUUACCCCUCUUCAAAUACCUGGAACAAUGAUAAUAACCCUUAUCUCUCAGUUCAAUUAGCAGAUCGUGUUAAUUCCAGUGAUAUGGAUAUUCUCCGAGAUGCUGCACAUAAAAAUCUCGCACUGAGGAGUGCUAACUUAGCUGGUGAAAAAAAGCACAAGCUAUGGGGCACCAGUACUACAGAUUCCAACCACGAAGAAGAGUACAAUCAACAGCUUGAAAAAGAAUACCGCUUAAAUUCUCAAAAGCGCCAGUCAUUACUUUCAAACUCUCAAAAUGAUAUUACGGCAUCUUCCAACAAAAAACCCGCGAUUCUAAAAAAGAAUUUACGUUUAUCCAAGUACCCACCUCCACAAAGCUUGAAACCUAUUACCAGCAAUACUUCCAAGAUAUCUUCUACCAAAACUUCGCGCAACACAUUGGAUUCGAUUACUUUGGACUCAGAUGAUUUGAUGUCAGAUUUGUCUAUUGAAAUCUCCAACCAAGAAAACCAUCUUUUGUCUCACAAGUCUUUAGACAGAGAUUCAUCUAAGCCUCCAAGCAUAUUCGAUCGCCCAAUUCUUUCAACCAAUAAAACGGUAUCAACUUCCAAAACCAAACCAUCUAUGCCUAGUUGUUUUCAUGAAAUUAAGCAAUCACGUCUUCAAUCUUUAAAUACACAAAAGCCCAUAGUCAAGCCCGAAAAUCCCCCUAAAGCUACUCCAACAAAUCCUUUCAAAAAUGGUACUGUUGAUUCUACACCUGUACAAUUAUUUUCAGACGAUAGUUUUACGUUAGACCCAGGUCCAAUUUUACCCUUUAAGCCAAGGAUUGUCACUGAAAGUAAAAUAAUCUCUUCAACUCCCACCAUCACCACCAUCGAGGCCAAAGUCAGGCCUUCCCAAUCUGCAAAAAAUAUUGAAUGGUUUGACAAAAUUAAAUCCAGUUUUAAUGAAUCUUUCAGUUUUGUUUUUAAGGAUGGUAAAUCUAUGGAUGUUGGUCCAUACGAUGUGGCCCGUUUAAAUCAGGGCGAAUUUUUAAAUGAUACCAUUGUUAACUUCUAUUUGAAGUUUUUUUUGGAAAAGCAUCCAGAGCUUAAAGAAAGAGUGCAUUUGUUCAAUACAUUUUUUUACGAAAAGCUCCAAGUUCCAAAUGAGUAUGGCAAGGUUUCUAAUUUCGAAAAAGUACGCAAAUGGACAACUAAGGCAAACUUGUUUUCUCGCGAUUUUAUCAUCAUUCCCAUUCAUAUGAAAAUGCAUUGGUAUGUUACCAUUGUAUACAACCUUCCUGCACUUUUGAAACCAAAGCCAGAAAGCUCGGAAGCGUCUAGUGCAAAUGAAAGCAGCUCAACGAGGUCCUUGCGUUCUCGUGACAGAACAACAAAAAAGCGAGGCAAUGUUGACUUUAAUCCCGAAACUGAUUGUUAUAUUUUUAUUUGUGACUCUCUGCAGGGGUCUCGUUAUGACAGUCUUGUUAAAAAUCUAAAGGCAUAUUUUGUUGCUGAAGCAAAAGAUAAGCUGGACAAAACCAUCGAUCCCUCCAGAAUCAUUUCGCGCUCUGUUUCAGUACCUCAGCAGACAAAUUACAGCGAUUGUGGUGUUUAUCUUAUUCAUUUCGUUCAGUGCUUUUUUGAUGCCCCUGAUAAGUUUGCAAAGCUUAUGUCAACCCAUGACCCUGUGGCUGACAAGGAACUUAGUAGGGUUUGGAACCCUACACUGAUGAAGCGCGAAGUUCUUCAGCGAAUGCUGUUAUACUAUCGUCACCUACAAGAAAAUAAAAUCAACGGUACAUCUGGCCCCUCUGAUCCUGAAGAUUUAUCUUCGAUAAUCAAGGUUUCUUCUGAAGGUCUCAAUAAUGGACCUGUUACGGCCCUUCCUGUCACUGACAAAAUAGACGUGGACCCACCAUCUGAACCUUCCACUUUUCCAAAAAGCAUUGACAAGCCUUUCAAACCACCAACUUUUGUCACUUCAACUGACACCACAUUUGUCGACAAGCCCAAUCCAGCUAAAAGACAACAAGAAUUUUUCAGCAUUAAUAAUUCACUGAAAAACAAUGAUUCCCUCGAUAAUGACACUGACAUGCUUUCAGAUAAAGUAGAGUUAGAUUUAAAGAAUCUUGAAAUUAACAAGGAUAAUUCUCAUAAGUUACCACCAGAUGUUGAGUUUGAAAUUUCGAUUGAUUCUCCCUCUGUAUUCGAGUCAAAUUCUCAUAAUGAUGCGAGCCGUUUGACUGCACAGAAAUCCCAAUCUAUUGAUUCCCAGAAUUCCUAUGAAAUCAGUUCAGAUGAAGUUGAAAAAGUCAAAAACGGCAAAUCUUUACAAAGAAAAAGCAUUGCUAAUUCCUCUACUUCUAACGAGAUUCUACAUAGCUAUCCUGAAAAGAAGCUGCUGAGGAAUAAUCGGGUUGAUUCAAACCAUUUAUUAUCUGACGAUGAGCAUAUUAACUCUUUUUCUGAUGUUGAGAGCAAAAGUAUUGUUUCCAUCGAUGACGAGACGUCUAUUGUUGAAGAGCCAAAGCCCCAAAUCACCACCAAAAGUCUUCAACCAAGCGUCAAGAAGAAGCUGGAAUUUAAAGAAAAGGUCACCGAGCAUUUUUCUAAGAUAGUCAAAGGAAAUAAUAGCAAAAAGGAUCUCAAUGAAUCUGAAAGUUUUAUUGAACAUGCCUACCCUCCACGCUCAUCUUUUAGAAAAAAUCCUAAAAUUGAAAAGCCCAGCUAUUUGUUGGAAAAGGAAUCCACCCAAGCAUCGACAUCUUCUCAUCAUACAAAAAAGGCACACACAACUCGAUUCCGACAAGUUUCUACAGAAGAAAAGCCUUUGGUUGCAAAACAUCAACUACGCAGCAAUAUGGCUACGAGCGGUGUUUCUUUUAAAAAUGCUCGAGAACUAGAGCCUGUUACUACCACCUUAUUGAAACCGCAUAUAGCUCGAAAAUCUGCUCCAAAGAAAGCGAAGGUCUCAGAGGCAAAGCCAACGGCCACGGCAAAUCAAGCCGCUCUGUCACCUCAAGACAAUGACGAAGAUGAUGAUAUUCAGAUUGUAGAUUGUCAAUCAUCAAAACCCCUUCGCAAAAAAAGGGGUUAA